UCUGCUAGGAUUAUUGUUGGGCAGAAGGAGGUAGGACGUCAAAGUAGUGUUACUUCGACGCCUUUCUUUAAUCCCUCUGUAAACUAACAAGGCCACAAUAAGGAAACUGAAUAUUUUACCGUCCCACUCAUUUGAUUGCCAGUUCUGUUUUAGCAGAGGAGCAAUUUGAAUGUGAUGCUUCUUGCCGUGAAGUGAUCGACUAGCCGAACGAUGUUCCCGUUGUCCCAAAACCCGUCGAGUUCCAGUCGUGGAAAUAGCCGAGGUUCUUCAUCCUCUCACAAUCCCCAUAAUAGAAAUUAUGGGGCGGCCUUUUUCCAGAUGAUGACGAUUGCCCUUUUAUGCACAUCUUUAGCCCAACCAUCAUGGCUAUCACUCACAACCAGGACACCUACGUCCACUUCCAGAUCAGGCGGAGGAUGUCCUAAACAUCUUACUCUAUACCAAUUCUUUGAUUAUGGCUAUUUUGAGACUGGGGACUCUAGAAAUUCUACAAUUAUUGUAACACCUGUAAGGCUUUACUACCACUCUGCCGCUGGGACAAUGGCGUGUCUCACUCCAGCUAUUGUUAACAUGUUUAAAGUGAUACUGAUGUUGGUGAUAUUUGCCAUCAUUUUGUGUUUCAUUGGUUUCCUGUUGGACGUUUUGGGAACUAAGAGCCGUCUUUCUUUGACAGUGAGAUCUAAUGGUCUCCUAACCAUUCCAAUUGUUUUAAUUUGUGCUGGAGUAGUCAGUCUUGCAUACUACAUAACUGUUCUUCUGGAAAAGGAAAAUCGCCAUUCUUAUUUUCUAGAAGUGUCCUUCGAUUAUGGCUUUUUCACCCUCUCAUCUGCAGGUGCAACAGCUUUAUUGGCCACAGCGAGCGCCUUGUUCAAAAGAAUGGGUGGACCAGAACGACGCAGAUCACGAUCUCGACACCGACGCUCGCGGUCUUCCCGAUUGCGCGACAGCCGCCUUAUGCUCGUCGACACAGUUGAAUCUCCUCCAUUGGUGGUUCACGGGGACCCACCUCCACCCUAUUCUCUAUGACUGUUCAUUUUUUAAAGUAGUUUUUUUUUUUAUGUGUGAAAGUCAAUAAUCUCAUUUUAUCGAUCUUUUUAUUUUGAAAAUUGCAUUGCAUGUCGUAAUGAUUGACUGCUUUAUUAUCCAUAUAGGCUACUGUUGCCACAUCUUUAUAUAUAAGGAAAUAACCUCUUCGUCCGACAAUUUUUACCUCUAUUUAGCUCCUGACAGACGCGCAAAUAAAUUGUUUUUAUCAGCAAAA